CAUCUUAUUCUGGCUAUCAGCUCGUUACUGGCUAUCUUAUCGUUUGAGAUACUUCGCCGACAUAAAGAAGCACAUAUCACCUAUACAUAUAUAUAUGUCAGUCGCACACACGGCACGUCAGCAGUUUUUCUGAUUUUGAUUAGACGUGAUUCAGCAGUUGAAUCUUUUUAUUCUUGCAUAAUCGCGCAGUCUAUCGCGAAUCGUCCAUCCGUCAAGGUCUCGAGCGUUCAGGAAUAUUCGCAAAAUGACGAUCAAGGCGGUCUGUGUUCUUCAGGGCGAAUCCGUUAAGGGAACCGUGCACUUCGAGCAAGCGGAUGGUUCAAGUACGGUGAAAGUGACUGGAGAAGUUUCUGGCUUACAGAAAGGCUUGCAUGGCUUUCAUGUUCAUGAAUUUGGCGAUAACACUAAUGGUUGUACUAGUGCAGGUGCUCACUUCAAUCCUUUGGGAAAGGAGCAUGGCGGUCCAAAGGAUUCUGUGCGCCACAUUGGAGAUUUAGGAAACGUGGAAGCUGGUGCAGAUGGUGUUGCAAAGGUCAACAUCACUGACUCCCAGAUUCAGCUCAGUGGACCGCAUAGUGUUGUUGGACGAACUGUUGUGGUUCACGCUGAUCCGGAUGAUUUGGGAGCGGGUGGCCACGAGCUCUCGAAAACGACCGGUAAUGCUGGCGCUCGUCUCGCUUGCGGCGUCAUCGGCAUCACGAAGUAAAUGCGCCUACAUGAUUUAUGCGAGCGAUUGAUGGAUGGAGGUCAGACUCUAGUAGAGGCAUAUUAUUUUCUUAUCGUUCGGUUUUGAUGUAUUUAGCCGUAUUAUUCAAACAUGUUACUUUUUGUUUUCCUCUGUUAUAUUAAACACAAUAGAAGUUAUCAGUUCUUCCCAAGUACGGAAAUAAAAGCCAGAGAGCUUCAACUUA